GUCUUAAGUUCCAGCGACAUUGUAAGGGUCACCGCAAACUAGAUGGAUUCAUUCCCGGCGCUUACAAACCAGGCGCAUCCAUACGAGAUUGCCUCCCUAGAUUUCCUCUCCCUUCCCACUCCAUCCUCUUUCCCCGAGACUAUAACGGGAGGCGAUUGCGGAAAGGACUUGGGACUACCAGCCGCGUCGGAAGAGCUCAUUCCAGAGCUUCUAGCCGCCAUGGGUGCUGCAGAUGAUGCCCAGCCAAGUCUCACAUGGGUGCGCGCGGGUCACUCCUCUCAUGGUGCCACUGAGGGCAGCAUAUGCGACAUGGGUACGCUCGGCCCCAUGAUGAUGCGUGGGGCAAGCAACGGUCCGGAUUCAGACACGUGGCUGGAUGAUUUCGGGGCUAUUGUGAGCGACGGCAUAGGUUCGGGAUGGGGUUCAGGCUCCACUGUGCUCUCUGUGCUGCCGUCGGAACCAGCAGCGCAGGAUGCAGCAGCAGCAGCAGUGGCAGCACCGGCAGCAGCAGCAGCAGCGAUAGCAACGACUGCACCAGCAGAACUGGUUGGAGGGACGCCAGCACCUCUGAAAGGCGGAGGAGCAGAAGAAGCCAGCGUGCCUAUGUUCCCAAACUUUGGAGACUCUGCCAGUCAUAAUCCCACCCUCUUCUCCAGGCUCUCAUCAGCACCCACCAAUCAGCACAGCAGUAACACCGUGUCUGCUUCAUCUGCUGUCUCGGAUCUGCUCUGGACCUCCACCCUUCUUGCUCUUCCUUCUACCGCCUUCCACCCUUCCAUCCUUCCAACCACGGCUAAACUUCUUUCCUCUACCUGCUCCACUGCUGCACCAACAAGCAGCACUCUGCGCCGUGGAUCGACGCCGCUGGCUUGCGAACCCUCCAGCAAACUUACCCAGCUGCCCCUCUCACUCUCACACACUUUCCAGAAUGGCUGGUCGGAUGCUGAUGGUUACCAUGUUACCAGCCAGCCAGUGUCCGGCUUUCUCCGUUCUGGAUCCAGGAAGAGAGGCAGAGGCUCGGAGCAACAGCAGCAGCAACAGCAGCAGCAGGAGCGGCAGCAGGGCGGGGAGAGCAAUUACCAUUGUGGCCUGGCCAAGUCUGUCGUUGAGGCGCCUCUCAGACAAGGCCUGGCAAAGAAACUUCAAGAGAAGCAUUCUUUCUUGAAGCCGCAGCCACGUGCUGCCGGUCCAGACCAAUCUGCUUACCAGGCCUUUGCUCUAGGUUCUGCUUCUGCUUCUGCUUCUCCUUCACCUUCAUCCUCGCCUGGCGGGGCUGCCUUCACUGCUGCCUUGAAUCCGGAGGAAGCCGUGCUUCGGACGUGCCUUAAAGCUGCUGCUGCUGCCUCCAGGCCCGGGAAUGCUAUCAGUCUGGACCAAUCUGCUGACCUUGCCUUUGCCUCUGCCGUUGCCUCUGCCGUUGCUUCUGCUUCACCUUCACCCUCCCCUGGAGCUGCUCCCUCCAGGCCUUGGGAUGCUGCCGGGCUGGAUCAAACUGCUGACAUGGCCUUUGCCUUUACCUCUCCUUCACCUUCAUCCUCCCCUGGUGCUGCUGCCUCCUGGUCCUGGGACCCUGUGGUUCUGAGGCGCCUCAAAUCUGCUGCCUUAAAGCCCGGGGACGCUGUGGUCCCGAGAUCCUGCUGGAGCCGGCAAAUGGCCCGCGAGGCGCCAAGGCAGCCAUCGGUAACUCCGAUGCCCGGCAAUGAGUGGCUGGCCUCCCUUCACAGCUCUGAAUUGGUGUUGCAAGCAGCUCAGAUGAGAUUGUCCCUUGGCAGUUCCACGGGGUCCAGGGCGAGCUGGGGUAGUUCUGAGUCGUCGUGGGAACUUCCACCCACCGAUCGGAAGGGCAGAAUCAAACCAUGGCCGUCUCAUCAUGGCAGCAUGGCAGGGCAUCUGGUAAGGGUAUUUGAACCUGGCAGCACAGCAGCAGCGCCUCAGAUAGGGAUAUCCCAUCAUGGCACUGCCACGGUGCAGCAGAUAAGGGCAUCAAGUGGCAGCACGGCAGGGCCUAGGGCUAGCUGGACACGACACAUGGUGCGGGAAGCGGCAAAGAGGGCAGCUGGCAGGACCCCAUUGGCUGAUGCGUCCACAGGUGAUCAGUGGGGCAUAUGUGAGGGGAGGAAGGGGGAGGGUGUGAAGAGGCGAGGGGAGCAAGGCGACAAGGGGCAAGGGAUUCAAUGCAAUGAGAGGCACGGGCCACAAGGGACGAAAGAAGCACACUUGGAGGAGGCUGAGUUGGCGUUGGAAGAGACAAGGUCGUUGGAAGAGGCACGGGCGCUGGAAGAGGCAGGGGGAAAAGAGCCGAGUGAGAAUCAUCACACUGUGGAGGAGAGGAGAAGGCGCCACCGCAAAAGAGACGCCCUCCUUCGCCUGCGAGCCGUUGUGCCCGAGUCGCUGUACGGCCCACAUCGGGAUACUGCAUGCAUGCUCAAAGCAGCAGUGGCACACAUUCACGGACUGGAGGUGAGUUUGUUGCGUCAAUGCUGGAAAUCCUGAGUGCCCUGCAAUUGUAACGGAGUCAGUGUACGGCCCACACAUGGGCACUGCAUGCUUGCUCAAAGCAGCAGUGGCACACAUUCACGGACUGGAUGUAAGCAUUCAAAGGCACAUUCCAGCUCCAGUGUCUAUGCUUUCGCAUUUUUGUUAUUUACUUGAAUCUGUUCUAGUUUCUGUUUUUUUGUCCCGGAUCCAUGGCGUGCUUUGGGCCCUAAAGCACACGCUUUCGUGGCAGCAUAGACCAAAAUUUCCUGAAUCUCCCUCUCCCUUCUAAAGCAGAAAUAUCUCAAGUACCUCGAGCCUCAGACAGCCACACGGAGUUCGUAGUUCGUUAGGGACACAAACAUUGAUAGGCUCACAAAUGCAUCACAAGGGGAGGUCAACCGUCAGUACAGGUGAUGCCCUACAUUGGACCACCCGUUUGCGAGUCGCGUGGCAUUGAUUUGGACAGGAACAGUAGGCAAGGCGGGACCGAUUGGGACUGAUUCGGCCAAUCAUUUUGUACACAUCCUCAGUACAGGCUAUUGCUAUUGCCUCCUUGCCCCAAAUUUCCAAUGUUGUGUUGCUCCUAACAAUUGG